AUGGCAGCGACCGCGACGGACCCUUUUGCGGCGUCGAGCCCGUUGUCUUCGAUGCAUCCUACAAUGACUGAACACGACUUCCGCUUUCCACGAAGGCCAGGUGAUGCCGCUCCCGGGAAUCGGAGACCCGACCGAUUCGACCAAGAUCGCGCAUCUACUUCUGGCGCUAGGAUGGCCACAAUGUCAUCAACGACAACCGGGACACCAAGGAUCAUGACGACAGGACCGACCGGCCAGCGUUCCGGGCUCCGUGAGUCCCGUCUAGACCUUCCCCUGACUCAUGGCGCUGCCCACCCGGACAUGCUGCGCUCCGCCGCCUUCCAGCCGUUUCAGCAGAACAUGAUGCGUGAGGGCCAGAGCCUAGACGAGAUGCAGAGGCAGGACCCGCUGGCCACCCAGAUCUGGAAGUUUUACGCCAGGACGAAGCAGCUUCUUCCCGCCCAGGAGCGUAUGGAGAACCUGACGUGGCGAAUGAUGCAUCUCAAACUGCAGAGGACAAGAGCGGCCAACGCGAUAAAAAACAACCGUGCUCCAGGCGCAUCAGCGAAUGCCCCCAGCGGGAUUGCGCAAUUGCGCAAGUCGACCGAGCAUGCCCCGCUGCCGUCGGAUCCAAUGAACCUGGACGACUUCAUCCACAACGACAACGUCGGAACACCAGCCGGCCUCGCCUUGACCCCGACCCCGGAAACCAUGCGCCAGGCCGAGGAUAGGCCAGCCCACCCCACGGCGGCCGCCAUUCCCAUCAAGUCUCGCAAGGACUCCUCUCAGCACUUGGCUCCCCAGUCGGUGCCCGUCGCCGCCCACCAAAGGGUGCAGGACGAGUUUGGCUAUCUCCCUCGACACCCGCGCAAGACUAGCAUCGACGAGACCGGCCAGCGUACCCGGAAGCGUCCGGCCAACUUCUCCCCGCACGUCCCCGCCGUCAACAGCGGCGUUGCGACAAAUGGACUCGACGCCGACGCGGAAUUGAACGAGUACUCGCUCGACCACUUACACCAGGCCGCCGCCAUGACCCAGCCGCCCAAUCACACGGGAGUUCCCUUCCCGCUUGACACCUUUCGCUUGAACGACCUCAGCCUUACCUCUGCCGGUCCGUUCCAGCAGAACUUCUCCUUCUCCCCGGCCACAUCGCCAAUGGUGGCCAAUGACCCGUUCGCUAGCCUCUAUAAUGGCUCCUCCGUGCCUUCUGGCCCCUUGGGCGCCGAUUUCUAUUCCCCUCCAGGAUCUGCGUACCAGUCCGCUGUUUCCACCCCCCACCCCCUGCGUGAUGGCGAUGGCUUUUAUUUUGGCCAGAUGGAUAUGCGCCAUCUGCGCCAGCACCCGUACAGGACUGUCCAUACGGGGAUGGCCAACGCAUUGGGGCAGCAAUUUCCGUACGGCGCUAAUGGCAACUUGAUGUUCCCUACUGCCUCUACCGGUUCCGAAUCGACUUCCACAUUCAACGCACCGACCUCUUUCGGCCACGUCGACCCAACGCGGGUGUUCCAGCAGGAGCUCCCUGCUCGGUCCCCUGCCGUUGGCUUGGGCCAAGAGAGCAUGUUUUCGUUUGGCGCCGAUUCGGACGAUGAGGAGGGCGGUGCUUUUGCUGACCGCAACAUUCCGAUACCACAAGACCUCUCCCCCCAGGGCAUGGAGGACAGCGGGUUUAACAGCUCGUCGCUCCAAUGGGACCCAUCCCUCCCCGGUAACUUCAGUAUGCAGGCAGCCAGGUACCCGGCCGGGCCUACUCGGAAACAGGUGACAAUAGGUGGUACGACUACCGACUACGUCGACUCGAGUGGCGACUGGGAAGGAGCGGGGUUGAACCGGUCGCAGUCGCAGUCGUUCGGUACCACGGAUGCGCGCACCGGUAAAGUACCGCGAACGUCUUCGACGCCGAGACUGGCCAAUCGAGCGAAUCCGUUCGAUAGGUUGGCGCGGUCGACGCCAAACUCGCCACCUGCCGAGGCCAACCAGGCGUCGGCUUUCUCCUCUACUAGCACUAGCCGUCCUUCGUCCCCUCCUCCGACGUCGAGACAUGGAUCGACAACCAACCUCCAAGCGGCCGGGAGCAGUCAGGCCGAGAGCAGUUCCAACGCCAACGCCAAUGCACCUACGACAUGUACAAACUGCUUUACCCAGACAACGCCACUCUGGCGCCGAAACCCCGAGGGUCAACCCUUGUGUAACGCUUGCGGUUUGUUCCUCAAACUUCACGGUGUGGUUCGGCCUCUGAGCUUGAAAACGGAUGUUAUCAAGAAGCGAAACCGCGGCUCCGGUUCGAGUCUCCCUGUUGGUGGUUCAAGUACCCGGUCCAGAAAGAAUGCCGGCUCCUCAGGAGGCAUAACCAAACGCGGUUCUACACUCUCUGUCUCGUCGGCCGCCAACCCCCCGCCGGUACAGGCAAGCACACCUCCCGCGGCUCAGCACAGAGCCAACAGUGUCAAUGACAGCGAGAGCCCCGCGAGCGGUGCCGCCUCGGCCGCAAACUCAUCGGGAAACACACCCACCAGCUAUCACAAUGGCCCCGGCUCGUCUAACGGCGCAGUCGGCGGGAAAGGCGUCGUCCCCAUCGCUGCGGCUCCGGCGAAACCUAUCCCUGGGCCGGGCGCCGCUUCGCUCCCGCGCACCACAGCUCCUUCCGUUUCUUCCUCAAAACGUCAGCGUCGCUACAGCAAGAGUGUUGUGGCGAUGGAGCACUCGUCGCUCACCGGCAUGGACAUCGACAGCCCAGAGAGCUCCACGAGCUCCAACGAGGCCGCCGCAUUGUCCAGGCCCAUGGGCUCGAGCAGCACGCUGACCGCCAUGCAGCCUAGCUCUAGCAGUCUGAGCUUGUCUGCCAGCGGUUUUGGCGCCGCGACCAUGCAGCAGCGGCCGCUGGCUGGGCCGGGAAGCCAGCGGGCCGGGCCGCAGGAAUGGGAGUGGUUGACCAUGAGCUUGUAA